AUGCAGAUAACGGUCUGGCUGCAAGUGCCCAACAAGCCGGCCAUCCCCAGACUGCAUCAUGUCUAUUUCCAGGAUGAGUUAAUCUGGGACAUUCUGGGCGAUGGCGAGAUAACGCCCAUUGCCCGGCUUGCUUCCGACCACUUCCAACGAACCGGCCGCCCGCUGCGCAUUGCCGUUGACGAGGCCGGCUGGCGGUUCUGCAAUCUUAACCCUCACCAGGUGAAGGCGAUCCGCGACAAGGAACCGGCCGCCAACCCCGUCGAGAAAGCCAUCCUGUACCGAAUCCUCAAGCUGUUGAAACUCAACAUCCAGCUCCUCUUUGUCUUUGACGGCCCGAGAAGACCCUGGAAAAAGGGUAAGACUGCUGGCAUGAUCAAGUACCAGGACAUCGCCACUCUGCGUCGCCUCCUUGACCUCCUUCGCGUUCCACACCAUCGCGCCCCCGCCGAAGCUGAAGCAGAGUGCGUUCGACUACAACAGGAGGGCAUCGUGGAUGCCGUGUGGUCCGAGGACAGCGACAGUCUUAUGUUCGGAUGCACUUUGCUCAUUCGCAACGUACGUGACAAGGACAAGAAGAGUGACACCCAUGUUAGAGUCUACCGCGCGACCGACCUAUGGGACAAGAAACAGCUGGAUCGCAAUGGCCUCGUUCUGAUUGCCAUGCUGGCUGGUGGCGACUACGACCCUGUUGGCGUCAGGGGAUGUGGUGCGAAUCUGGCCUACAAAGCCGCAAAGCGUGGCCUGGGAAACACCCUGUGCCAGACCCCGGACAGGGAAUUGUUCUACUUCCGCGACCACUUACACCCCCUUUUCCGUGGCAAAGACGUCGAGAUCCCCCCUGGCUGGCCCAAGUAA